AUGGUGCUGGGGGUGCUCGCCGGCGACCCCGGCCUCAGCCGCGACCUCGCGCGCGGCGUUGACUUCCACGUCCGCCGCGCCGCGGCGUUUAGCGGGCUGCCCUACCGCGAGAUCGACGAGGGCGUCCGCCGCGGGGUCCCUCGCUACGUCCAACUCCGCCGGACCGCCAAGCUGUUCUCCUUUCAGCGGCUUUACGGCGCGGGGGUCGCUUUACUCCACCGAACAACCGGCAUCCCCGUCAAGGACCUCGUGGCGUCGAUCCGCGAGGAGGCCGUGGCAUACCCCGGGAUCGCCCGAUUUCAUCACAUCACCCGCGCCGUCGCCCUGCGCGCGAAGAAUCCGGGCCUCCCCACCGGCCACAUCGUCGAGCUCCCGACGGGGCUUCGCGUUAAUUUUAAAACCCACGACGUCGUGCUGAACCUGCCGGCGGUGAAAAACUACCCCAUCCAGGCUUACGGCGCCGAGCUCACCCAAAUGAUGCUCGGCCGGCUUUUUCGCCAUUUUAUGGCCAACAACUUCUACCAAAACCGCGCCUUUUUGACAAAUUUCGUCCACGACUCGGUCUGGAUGGAUUGCCAUCUCGACGUCCUCGAGGAAUGCGUGCGGGAUACCCGGCGAAUCCUCGGCGACCUUGCGAACUACGUCCCGGAUCGCUUUCCCGGGGUUCGCAUCGAGAUCCCGCUCAAAGUCACCGCGGCCUGCGGGAUGGAUAUGGCCUCGAUGGAAAACAUCCCCGACGACGACUACUCCGCCGUCUACGCGCAAAAGCGAAAAAGCCCGGAGGAGGUGGGGGCGCUGGAGAUGCCCCUCACCCCGGGCCUGGAGCUCCCCCAGGAGGGCAUUAUGGUUUGA